AUGAUAUUCUCCAAUUUCUUGCUGGUCCUCUGUCUUGUUCAUGGUGCUCUGCAGCUGGUGGACAUUGAAACAUUUUUAAUAUAUAAUAAAAUCAGCAAGCUUUGUCUUCAGGCAUCUGCUGUGCAGUCAGUCAGAACUGCCACUUGCCAUCAAGACAAUGAAUCACAAAAAUUCAGGUGGAUCACUGAUCAUCAGCUUAUGAGUGUGAAACUGAACCUAUGUCUUGGGGUGCCAUCAAAGGAGGAUCAGGCUGUGAUCACUCUGUACCCAUGUAAUCGAACGAGUGAGCUCCAGUGGUGGGAAUGCAGAAAUGAAAGCCUCCUUGCAAUCCAAGGAGAAGAUUUGUUUUUCAGUCCUGGCAAAGAAGAACAUGAUCAUGUUUUUUUAAAGAAGGGCUUGAGUGAAAAGAGUAAGUGGAAUAUCUAUGGGGCCAUGGAUGUUUUAUGUUCCCAAGGAUAUGAAGAGAUCUUCACACUGCUAGGAAACUCUUUUGGGGCCCCCUGUGUGUUUCCUUUCAUGUACAACAAGCAAUGGUACAGUGGGUGCACAGGGGCGGGCCGGGCUGAUGGCUGGCCCUGGUGUGCCACCACUGCAAACUAUGACACAGACCAGCGAUACGGAUUUUGCCCAUCAAAAGAUAAAGACACCACCUGGGUCACAGAUCUGUUAACAAAUGUCCAUUACCAAAUAAACUCUGAAUCUGCUCUCACAUGGCACCAAGCCAGGAAGAGCUGUCAGCAGCAAAAUGCAGAAUUACUGAGUAUCACAGAUAUUCAUGAACAAACAUACGUUAACGAGUUAACAAAAGACACAGAUUCUGCACUGUGGGUUGGACUAAACAGACUGGACUUGAGGAGUGGAUGGGAAUGGAUUGGAGGCACCCCUUUCCAGUACUUAAACUGGGCUCCAGGAAGCCCCUCCCCAGAAUCUGGAAAACUCUGUGUGGUUUUGAAUCCUGAAACAAAAGCUAAAUGGCAAAACUGGGAAUGUGACCAGAAACUUGGUUACAUCUGUAAGAGAAGAAACUUUGCCUUGGCUCCCUCAGGUGACAUUGGGCCUGUUACUUGCCCAGAUGGCUGGACACCAUAUAUAGAACACUGUUACAAGGUCUUCAGGGAGACCAAAGGAUGGGAAGAUGCUUUCACCUCUUGUCAGAAGGAAGGGAGUCACUUGGCCAGCAUCCACAGCCUUGAGGAGCACAGCUUCAUGGUGUCUUGGCUUGGGUACAAGCCAGCAGACAAGCUAUGGAUUGGGCUAAAUGAUCGUAAGGUUCAAAUGUAUUUUGAAUGGAGUGAUGGUACCCCAGUGACAUACACAAAAUGGCACCUGGGAGAGCCAUCCACCACAAGCAACAGGCCAGAGGAUUGUGUACUGAUCAAGGGCCAGGAUGGCUAUUGGGCAGACUAUGGCUGUGAGAAGAAAGCUGGCUACAUUUGUAAGAGAAAACCUGUAUCACAAGUAGCUGGUGAAACGGAAAUUACUGAUGCAGGUUGCAAUAAAGGCUGGAGAAGAUAUGGGACAUACUGCUACUUUAUUGGACAUGUUCCAGCAACAUUUGCAGAAGCAAACAUCACUUGUGAAAGAGAAAAAGGUUACCUAGCCACAGUUGAAAGUAGGUAUGAACAAGCCUAUCUGACUAGCCUUGUUGGACUGAGGCAUGAGAAAUAUUUCUGGCUUGGUCUCUCUGAUGUGGAGGACCAAGGCACUUUCAGGUGGGCCAAUGGUGAAGCAGUUUCCUUCACUCACUGGGAUGCAACAAUGCCUGGAAGUAAACCAGGAUGUGUAGCCAUGAGAACUGGGAGUGCUGCUGGAUUAUGGAAUGUUCUUGACUGUGAGACAAAGCAAAGAUAUAUCUGCAAGCAGUGGGCAAAGGGAGCUACAGCUUCACCUCUGCCAACUACCGCUCCAGUCCCCACAUGCCCUGAAGGCUGGGUAUCAAACAACCAUGGUAAUUCCUGUUUUAAAUGUUUCUGCAGAACAAAUACUAAAAAGAAAUCGUGGCUUGAAGCUCGAGAUUUUUGUAGACACAUAGGAGGGGACCUGGUCACCAUUAACAGUAAAGAGGAGAUACCGUUACUAAGACAAGCAAUGUAUCGCUGUAGCUUUAAUGAAGUUUGGCUUGGUAUAUUUUCCUUGAAUCCAGAUGAAGGAUUUGCCUGGAGUGAUGGCUCUCCAGUUAGGUACAUAAACUGGGACGAGAGUCCAAGACAUUCAGGAGGAUACAAGUUCUGUGGCCUGCUCAAUGGAGGGAGAUUUUCUAAGGGAUGGUUCCUUUCAGUCUGUGAAGUACAGCUUGAUUGGAUUUGUCAAAUAAAAAAAGGAGUAGCAUUAAAAUCUGAACCAAUGGACACAUAUGCAUACAAAACCACUGCAGAUGGAUGGGUCAUAUAUGAAGAUCAGCUAUACUAUAUCAGCAAAGAAUCUGUCUCUAUGGAAAGAGCCCAAGAGUUUUGCAGGAUGAAUUCUGCACACCUGGCUGUUGUUAAUAGUAAUAGUGAGAGGAGGUUUCUAAAGAGACUGCUUAAAGAAAAUGAGAAAUACUGGAGUGAGUCGACAGAAUACUUCAUUGGUCUCAAACUGAGUCUUGAUAAAAGGUUUAGCUGGAUAGAUGGGACUCCAGUAACCUAUGUGGCAUGGGCUCCUAAUGAACCCAACUUUGCAAAUAAUGAGGAAAAUUGUGUGGUUAUGUUGUCAGAGCAUGGCUUGUGGAAUGAUGUGAACUGUGGUUCACCUCAUCAAUUCAUAUGUGAAAAACAUAACAGUACUAUUAAGUCAACAUUUACUUCUUCACUGCCUCCUGGAGGAUGUCCAGAAAGUUGGUUUUUCUUUAACAGCAAGUGUUUCAAAAUAUUUUCUUCAGAUAUAACAAGAAGGCUCAUGUGGCAUGCUGCACGAGACGCUUGUAUGAAUUUGGGAGGAAACUUGGCUACCAUACCAAAUGAACAAGUGCAAGCUUUCCUCUUCUAUCAUUUAAAGGAUGCCAUGACAGAUGUUUGGAUUGGGAUGAAUGAUAUCAACAAAGAGUCCGAAUUUCUUUGGACAGAUGGAAGUACUGUUUCCUACACCAACUGGCUUAAUGGUGCACCAGAAAAGAAACAAAGCUACUAUGACUAUUAUGAUGCUGAAAUAUUGACAGACAUCACUAUGGAGACAGAUUGUGUCUUCAUCAUUAAGUCAGAGGGGAAAUGGAGAGAUGACACUUGUGACAAUGAGAGAGGCUACAUAUGCCAGAUGAAUUCACUUACCACCCAGUACGAAGUACCAACAACAAAUCCGUCCUCUGGCUUUGUCCGUUAUGGUGACAGUAGCUACUCAAUCACCUCAUCUGAAAUGCAAUGGGAAGAGGCCAGAAAAAACUGUCAAGAUAAAUCUGCAGAACUUGCCAGCAUUUCAGAUGCCUACAUUCACUCCUUCUUGUGGAUCCAGAUGUUGAAAUAUGGAAAACCCGUAUGGAUUGGUCUAAAGAGCAGUAUGACUGACAGCUAUCACAAAUGGGCAGAUAACUGGAAAACCAGGUACACAAAAUGGGCAGCAGAAGAACCAAAGGAGAAAAAUGCUUGUGUCUACCUAGAUCUUGAUGGUACUUGGAAAACAGCAUCCUGCAAUGAAAGCUACUUUUCAAUUUGUAAGACUUCAGACGCUAUGGCUCCUACUGACCCUGCUCAGUUGCCCGGAGACUGCCCUGAAGCACCAGAACUCCGAGCUUGGAUCCCUUAUGGUGGCCACUGCUACUACCUUGAAGCAUCAGCUGGGACAAGUUGGGCAGUGGCCUCCUUAGAGUGUGCUCAGCUAGGUGCUACCUUGGUUUCAGUAGAAAACAUGGAUGAAUCUGACUUUCUGAUCCAUACUAUACAGCCACUUGGAAAUAAAGUAGGAGGCUUCUGGAUAGGACUGUACCGAAAUGUGGAUGGACAGUGGGUGUGGCUAGAUAAUGCUGUGCUGGACUUUGUCAACUGGGAGGAGAAAGAGUCCAGUGUGGAGCAUCACUGUGUUGAAAUGACUGCACCAUCUGGUUACUGGGACAACUCUGAUUGCUCUUCUGAAAAAGGAUUUAUCUGCAAAAAACCCAAAGGUGAGCUAAGUGAGAGUCCUGUACAGCAAAAAGGCAAGGAAAAGACUCACCCACCCUUUCAUCUUUCUGUUUGGCCUCUCUUUUUCUUGGCUAUUCUUACUCUUUUUGGAGCUGGUGUGUCAGUUUACUACUACAAGAGAAAAAGACAAAGACAACUAUCAGCAGAUUCUGGCAAUGACACACUUCUAGAAUGA